AUGAAUCCGAGUGCUGUGAAGAAACUUAUUAUUGUCCUAACUUACUGCAUCAUGGGAAUAUCUUGCAAAAAUGCCAAAAGGAAGCGAACUUUGGAAAGAAUGAUCCAAGAAUUGGAAGACAUUGAAAAUCGGAAGAUCAACGAAUUUGCCAACCUCAUUCCUCCUCCCUUCGACGCGGAGCUGCACAAAAAUAUUUUCGAAAUGGACUACAUGUCCAGGUUUUUGUGUAACAAACCGGGUAAGCCUUCACCAGGUUGCCGCAAAUUCGAUCCAGAGCAAUUUGCGGCCGAAAAAUCCGUGCUUUGUUUCCACAGCAAUGGCCGAUUGGGUAACCAGAUGUCUUCCUACGCCUCCCUUUAUGCAAUGGCCAAGAUCAUGAAUUUCAGGCCUUAUUUGUACCGAGAUAAUCACGAGUCUUUGUCCCAGUACUUCAAGCAUAUUGAGAUCGGCGUCAUUGAAGACGAGUACUGUAACCCUUGUCAUCUGCCAUGGACCAAGUUAUCGGACCUCCCAAACGCUCCGAAGAGAUUAGAAACUGAACGGAUUGGAAAAGCCAUAGUCAAACUGGGCUAUUCUCAAUAUCCGGAGAUGUACCUUGAAUUCUUACCCGAACUUCGCAAAAUAUUCGAACCCAAAGACUUCUACCAAGCUCAAGCCAAAGAGCUCAUUUCCAAGCCACUGAAUGGCACCUUGGAUGGCCUGGUUUUAGUGGGGGUUCACGUCCGGAGAACCGACUUUUUCGUCGCGACCCAUCGAAUCGUUACAAACAAUCAAAGGGACUCGGCCAUUAAAUCAUAUUAUGAUCAAGCUCGAGCGUACUUCCGGGACAAAUUUGAAAAUAAAGUGAGGUUCUUUGUGGUGGGCGAUGAUCCAAAAUGGAACCAGGCUCAGCUAGCGUCUGACGAAGAUACCUUUGUGGUUGGGACCUCCGGGGAUGACAGCAUCUCAAAUGAGGAUCAAGUUGGAACAGAUUUUUCGGUGCUUUUGAGCUGUGAUCAUAUUAUCAUGUCAUUUGGAACGUUUGGCCAGUGGGCUGGACUUCUAGUGGGCGGAGAGACCCUAAUGGUAGACUCGUCCGAUUCUUUUGCCCUUGAAGAGCCAGCGUUAAUGAAAGCGCACGGAGCUCCCAAUUUCCGCUUCCUUGAGCUCAACUUUGACUGA